AUGACAGCAGACACUCAAGCCACUAAAGCCUCACUCUAUCCUGAGCAGGUCACUCAAGCGAUCAUACCUGCUAUAGUAGAGCCUAUACGGACUAAGAAUCUAUAUCUACGCAGUCUGGAUAUUAAAGAUGCUCCUGAUAUAUUUGAGUUUCGGCGAAAACAGGAGGUAGCAGACUGGCUAUGGCCCAGGAUUCCUCACAAGGACAUCUCCGAGACAGAAGCAGGAAUCACCAACAAAACUUUCCAAACCCCCGAUGCAUCUGGCGCCAUCGGACGAAAUUUCCAAUUCGCGAUCAUCCUCGCAGACGACCCAGCUCAAAAGGUCAUCGGCGCAGUAGGAAUUAAUUCCCUUGUUCCCUCACCGUCAAUUGGAUACAGUAUCCACCCCGACUUCUGGGGUAAAGGGUAUAUCAGUGAGGCGGUUGGUGGUGUCAUUGACGCGUGGUGGAAACUUGAGAGGAAAGAUAUUGAGGAUUCAGGUGAAAGGGAGAAGUUGUAUGCUGCUUGUAAUAAGGCUAAUAUUGGGAGUUUGCGGGUAUUGCAGAAGAAUGGGUUUCGGAUUCUUGAUGAGUUUGCUUUGGAAGGGGAUGUGGUGGCGUUGUUUGGAUUGGAGAGACCUCUGUGA